GGGGCGACGGAGACGUCACAGGAAUGGUGGACCGCCUUAGCGUACGGAGCGGCAUGACAACUGUGAGAAACUUACGAGCUAAAGGGACACAUUUACGACACCAUUGAAGCCUUAUACUGAAAGUCCUGCUCCAUGAAUUAUUGAGGUAGCGCUGAUGCAGUGGUUACAUUGACUUGCACCAUCCCUUCUAACUUAUAUAUGCCCACUUGUGUUUGUGCUGCAAGAUGGACAACAAAAAAAGUCAUGAUGAGAGAUAUUGAUUCAAGGGAAAGGGUUCAAGAUGACACAUGGUGUGAAGGGGCACAAAAUGAGGAAGAGGAGGAUGACGAGGAGGUGAAUCCUAUCAGAUCCAGUUUCUCUGUGGAGGACCUGCUCGAUGAGGUGGAGAAGAUCAGCAGUGUCCCCAGCAGCGGCAAAAAGGUGGAGAUUGUAGUGAGACUGUGGAAAAAUGGUUUCACGGUAAAUGAUGAAGAUUUACGCAGUUACACUCUAGAAGAAAACCAAGAGUUCUUGGAGGCCAUUAAAAGAGGCGAGCUGCCUCUGGAGCUUGAAGGAAGAGCCGAGGAUGAAGAGCUAGAAGUCAAUGUGGAGGACAUGAAAGAUGAGGUUUAUGUCCCAAAGAAAAAGACCUUUCACCCGUUUACAGGCCGAGGUUACAGACUGGGAAGCGUUGCUCCGCGGGUGGUGGCCAGGUCCCGGUCGAUACAUGAGGACUGUUCUGGUCCUCCUCUCCCGGCUGUGGAGCUGAACGAGGACCUCCCUGUGACCUCCCUCCAGAUCUGGCUGGCAGACGGUCAGCGUCUCGUGCAGAGGUUCAAUCUGUGCCAUCGGAUCAGCGAUGUGCUGCAUUUUGUGGAGCAGGCUCAGAGAACGGACGCGCCGUUCAUCCUGACUACAUCCCUGCCGUAUCGAGAGCUCCGAGACGAGGGUCAGAGUUUGGAGGAAGCUGAUUUAGCAAAUGCUGUCAUCGUUCAGAGGCCUCUCAACACACAAGCUCCUUUUGGUCACUCCUGACUGUUCCUGCUUGCACCAGAGACUCAGAUUUGUUGGUCCCACACACUUGAGAGACAUUUCAAAUCUUCUUCUUUCUCACAUCACCUAAAAAAAUAAAAUCUGCUCACACAGGCCAUCCAAGACCAAGAUUAGUGUGUUUCUUCAACGGAACAGAUUUGAAGAAAUUUAGCACUUGCUCACCAAUGGGUGCUCUGCAGUAAAUGGUUGUCGUCAAAAGGUCCAAAGAGUUAAUAAAAAGGUCACGGUAGUCCGCAUGAAUCCAGUCUAUCAAUUACUGUCUCGUCAAGCAAAAAGAUCUCUGUUUGUAAGAAUUAUUGAGAUGUUUGUGACAUCAAGUUAUUGCAUCUGAUCGUCUAUGCAUGAUAUUGCUACAGUAAUAAUAAAAAGGAUGUCUGAAGAGAAAUAUGCGCACAUCGGGCACCGUUUAUAAGCCAAAACAACAACUGAUAAAAUGCCUUGAUGAUGAAUUUUGAAACAUAAUUAUUUCACUUAAUAAGACCGGAGUCGUUCACUGUUUGAUUGGAGUCGUGUGUAUUACUUUUGGAUUAUUGUGACGUUUUUAAUCAGCUGAUUGGACUCUCAUUCUGACGGCACCCAUUCACCAACGAGCAUCCAUUGGUGAGCAAGUCACAGAAUGCAGAAUUUCUCCAAAUCCGUUUUCAUGAAAAAACUAAUUUCUCUACAUCCUGGAUGUCCUGAAGGUCAGUACAUUUUUAUUCCUUUUAAACCAUAAACCAUUGUUUUUUGGGGUUUUUUUCCAAUUUCUUCUGAUUUUGAAAACCUUUCUAUGACAUUAUAGGUGGCCACUCAACACAUUGCACAACUGAAAUAGUUAGCAGCAACAGAAGGUAAACGGUUCACUGGAUUAAACGAUUCUCGCAAUUUUCAGUCAAAUUGGAAUGACGUGGGCGAUGAAAAAUGUUAAAUGAUGACAGAGCUUUCAUAUUUAGAUAUAUCUUUUUUUUUAAUUAGGUUUUAUUUUCAUUCGUUUUCUUUUUGUACUCCCUGCCAUCACUCACGGUUGGAUGUGUUGGCCUUUUCUGAUGCAAUGCAGUACGCACAAGCCAAGUCUUUAACCUUCACUAUUACACAUGUUUACACAGAUCAAUGAAGAAUUCAGAUCAUGGAAGCUGCCAUGAUGCUUAAUGGAGUUGUGUUCGAUCAUUUGUGAUAGUAUGUCUUACUGUGAGCCAUUAAGUUAUAAACGUCAAAUGUUUUAUGCACUUUGCCUAAGACAGAGACUCUGUUAUAAAGACCUCUGCUUGCAAUAAACCUACUGAAGAUA